AGCAUCGGCGUGUGCAAAAAAUAUCAUAUUAAAUUGUAUAAUUAGUCAAAUAGUAAAAAGUGUCUUUUUUUUCACUAGUAAGUGCGCGAAUCACCUCAUAUUAUUGUAUUGGCUCAAUAAUAGCCAUAUUUAGUUGUAUUAUUAUAUUAUAGGUACCUCGUGCGCGAAUCAUCACCACUAACAAUUAACUGUAUUUUUCUGUUAUUAUUAUUCUAUUAUAGGUAACAUCAGCUGGCCAGUAUACGCUCCACAAAUUCACCGGAGACUUCGCCCGAAUUCAAUAUCCAGUCCGUGACCGAAAUGUUCGAGGUUUUCGACGUGCUCCAGGCCAAUCGAGCAAAAACGUUGGAUUCUCGAGUUGCAAUAAAGAUUUCACAGACGCACAGGCAAUAUAAAUCGGCGCCUAAUGUGGCUGUGUCGAAUAACUCCGCAGGUGAUGCACCCGAGACCUGGUGGCCGUCUACGACUGAAAUCAUGCGACGAUGUAAAUCGAUGCCUAAUAUGUCUGUGCGAUCAAACUCCGCAGACAAUAUACCCGAUAUCGGGUUACCUUUCGACGCAUCCACGGAGAGGCAAGUCUCGAUAGAUUCACCGUCCACUGAGUUGUCAGUAACGGCACCUGGCACUACAGAAGUUGGCGAGAUCGAGGCGCCGUCAAACGCCUCGUCAUCUUUGCCACAUGUUUGGCCGGUCGAAGACGUCGUGUUGCAGUCAAGUCCGAUGUGCAGCAUGGAAGCACUACAGUUUGACAAUGCCGAGACUAAAAACUGUUUGACUAAACCGUUGGUCCACCAGGAAAUCAGUAUCCAGGAUAUGGUGGUAACCCGCGGCGGUCGCAGUGACACAGACACGAACUCGACGGUACCCGCGGUUAUUCCCAAACGCCGCUCUCUGUGGAGCCGGACGAAAAGAUUCGUCCGGCGAAUGAUUUGUUGUUGCGGUGCUAAAUCGGCAUAGACCGCGCAAUGCUAGAUUAUGUGCGUCAAACGAGUCUGCUCAGCAUUUUUGUGUCCGGUUGAACGGCCGGAAAAUCCGUCAAAAUCUUUUUUAAUUCCGCGGUUGUACGCGUUCAUUAUAAGUUGGCUCCGACGUUCAAAACAUGUUUAAGUAUUAUAUUAUUAUACCGAUCAAUUAUAAAUUUUGGCUAUAUACUGCCGUAUA